AUGACGGCCACACAGUCUUCAGGGCCAACACUUGGCAAAACGUGGCACCAGGCAGGAGAACGAGACACGUGUGGUCAAAAGGAACGAGACACGUGUGCGAUGCCGCAUUCGCUGAGUGUCACGGCCGUGGUCUCCGCCUUAACGGUGCAGAUCCACUUCAACGGUUCCACGUCGAGGCCUGUUCUGGAAUGCUUCGAUCUCUUCUCGAAUACCACUGCCAGCAAGCUUGGGGAUGAGCCUCGCUGCUCGUGGGCGACGGAUUCCGAUUCUCAACUGAUGGUGCAUUUGGGCAAACGAGCUCGGCUUCUCGCAGGCGACUGGAUCUCCUUUCAACCUGAAGCUGUUCAAGCUCUUGUCGACGGUGACAGCGGGACGCCAACCGAUACGCCCGAUGUCCUUCGGGCGGUCGCGCAGCGAAGUCCUGGAUCUGCCGCCGUGAAGGUCCAGGCGGUGCUCACGGCGCCGAGCGCCGUGAACGCACGGUGUUCGAUGCUUCGCUUCAGCACGGAGCUCUCGAGUGGAGCGGCGGGCCGCAGCAUGCUGCUGGAAUGGCGUUUGGGCAAUCAGACCACUGGUCUCAAUGUUGCGCAGUUGGAAGACUUGGAAGACAAACUGGACGCAGCAAGUCUCUCUUCAAGCACUGUUCUGGAGAUUGACCCCUCAGCGCAGGCUAUCGAGGGCAACGCACAGAUUGAAAUCGAGGUGCGGAUGACCAACUGGCAGAAUUAUUCUAGCACUGCACAUGCACUGGCUCAAGUUUCGGCUGACUCGCUGAGCCCGCCCUUGAUUCCGGCCACCGUGCAAGAGAUGGUUCUGGAUCCUGCGAAACCCUUGGAGCUUGCCGUGAAGGUGCAAGAGAAUGGAUGUGUUGAAGGUGCGGUGGAGAUCCAAUGGAGCGCUUUGACGAGACACCCUGGCGCUGACCAAGACCCCAGUCAAGCUGGUCUACGACUGCGUGAAUACACCUUUGGCAGUGGAACUCUGCAUGGCUUCAGAGCAUCGGCCUUCUACAAGGCUUCUCCGGCCCACUCACGGCACUUAGACUUUAUCGUGGCCGUCCCGGAGCCACCCAGGCUGGUGCCGGUAAUUUCUGGCCCGACGACCGUCUCACGAAGCUGCAACUUUACGCUGAGAAGUCGGUCAUUCGAUGAACAGAUACCUCCAUCGGAGCGCGCGCUGACACGGUUUGGCUACAAGUGGACGUGCGAUUCAGAGCAUUUGCCCUGUGAUUUGCAGUCAAAGGCUUCAACCUUAAGCGUACAAGGUGGUGAUGUUGAAGCUGGCAUUUACAAGAUAACGCUUCAUGUUUGGAGAGAAUGGGAAGACAUGAGCAAGGCUGCCUCGACUACUUCCACAAUUCGUGUCCUCCCGCAUCAAGUUCCCACAGUGACGUUGGAGACAUCGUGGAUAGAUGGCCAAAUGUUGUCCCAAGUGACAGGGAGUGUGAAUGCCACAGCAGUGCUCGAUCCCCAAUGUGGCCGCGGCGAAGACAUCCACUGGCAAUGGGUGCUGCUGGAUGGAGCCAACUGGACUCUACUGAGAUAUCUCAAGUCCGAGCCGCGGGAACUGAAUGAAAGCAUCACCACUCUCGACUUCCCCAGCUACUCCCUGGAGAAAGCAGGCGUCUACUACUUUGCUUUGUCCACUGUUCCAGAGCAGCGACUGGCGCUUGGGCAAGUCGUUGAUAUCGUUGAUGAUCGAAUGAUUGCCAUCUCACCGAGCUUCCGUGUGGAUGGGCCACCAGAGCUGGGAGUGGUGGAGGUGAAUCCGCCCGCGGGUGAGGCAGUCACGACCUCGUUCACGAUCACCACCCAUUCUUGGCAAGACGAAGAAGAAGAACGACUCGAGUACAGUUUUUAUGCUCUGAACGCCUCGAAGGCUGGAGACGAAGAACCGACGGUCUGCCGUAAACACACUUCCUUCAUGGAAUCAGUCAGCAUCUUUUUUGGUACGUCAUCUUCCAAGGAUCCUCAGGAGCUGGACUUCAGCAACACCUUCAACGAGAGCUACUUCUCCAAACACGGUGGGAUCCUUCUUCGCAGCUGGGGGAAGUCCAAGACGGUGUCUGACAUUCGGAUGCCUCCGGGCAACUUCUCCCUUUUGGCUCGUGCUCGAGAUCACCUCGGAGCAGAGGCCUGGUCAUCUAUUUCUCUGAAUUGGAGCAUUGCUGAGAUAGAUGACCAAUUUGCUGCCGCGGCACAGGUUCUGCAGGCUUCGAUGUCCACAGUGAAUGGACAGCAAAUGCUCAACACCGUGAACGCGAUUUACAAGAGCAAUGCCACCCAAAGCCUGAGCCACUUACUCCUGGCUCUAAAGGUGGCAGCUCAGAAUGUUGAUGCCACAGUGGAGAUUCUGCGAGAAUUGAGUUGGGUGACAAGUGCACUGGUCACAGAUGACGCUGCGGACGAAGUGAACCUUUUAGAAGCCAGCGAUCUACUGAGCAAGUAUAUUGAGCUUAGUCUUGCGCCUAACACCAACCCAGCUGGCGAAGAGACCCUUGCAACAAUUCUAAGAGCCAUCAGUUCGGUGAAUCAGGCGCGCAGCCGCUUGGGCCUCAGCGAAGCAUCGAACGUGUCCCAAGACGUGAGCCACCGAGUCUCCGAAUUGGGACUUGCCAUGCUGAAAGUGCCAGACCAGUCGGUGCAGGCGCGUGAAGGCUGGACGGUGAAUGCAGAUGACAUCACUUUGGAGGUGAUUCCAUCCUCCGGACGAAGGGUCUCCACUUUCUUCCAUGACUCGUAUCCUUUCACCAUUGAAGAUCCGAGCUCUGAGAAGCUUGAUGCGCGCUCUGGGUUGGUGAAAGUCCUUGAGAUUGGCACAGAAGGCAGCUUCCUGGAUUCGGUUUGGAUUACUUUUCAGGUGGAGGACAAGCUGGGGAUGAACGCAAUUUGUAUGCGGACCGGUCUUGGCGCGAACCAGCGAUGGGAAGCUAGCACGACGGUCGUCGAGAAGUCUGAGGUGUCGGGGAGUCCGACAGUGGCCUGUCAUGUUGAAGCCUUCCAAUCCCCUGAAUGUUUCAGCCUGGCCUGGAGGAACAUUGAUGAUGAAGCUGCAUCGAACCUGUGGAUGUGCUCCUUGAUUUCGACCCUGGUGACACUGAUUCUGGUGCCGGCAGCGUGCGGUCUCUUUGAGUUUGAGACGCGCGAGAAGUUUCGAAGCAGGGAGCCUGUCCGGCUCCAUGUCCGGACAGGCACCUCCCUGUAUUUACCAGGAACAUUGUGGAAGAGCGAGUUCUCUGCAAUCGCAGGAAGUGAACCGGCAGUCGAGGAUGUGGCACCAGAUGAGGCACUAGAUGAAGUGCAAGAGCCUGUUCUCGACCUCGACAAACUCAUGGGCUUCCAGGAUGUGCCGUGCGAGCAACGAGAUAGGGCACUAGAUGAAGUGCAAGAGCCUGUUCUCGACCUUGACGAACUCUUGGGCUUCCAGGCAGAAGUCCCUGAUGACCGGCCUGAAGUGCAACAAAAGCAGGAGGAAGAGGAAGAAGAAGAAUUGUCCUUGGACGCAGGAGCCUUGGAGGUGGUGAUCAGAGACUUUGCACCGCAUGAGGGGACCCAGGACGUAGCCGGGAAACUCUACUCCUUCGCCAAGGGCAUCUCGCGGCAGCCGCGCCAGGAGGAGUUGGAGGCUUUUAUCCAAAAGUGGAGCUUGGACGUCUCCACCGCCAAGUGGGUCCGGGAGCUACCGCAGGAGGUGAAGGACGCUCUGGUGCGAGACUUCGAACCCAAGGAGGAUACGCAGAACAUCAUGGGAAAGCUCAAGGGCUUCGCGCGAUCCAUCCUCAGCCGUCACCAGAGUGUUUCCGGAAGUGCUGUGGCUGCCAAUGGUGACAGGCGCUUGGAGGAGUUUGUGCAACGCUGGGGCGUCCAGGAGAGUAUGGGCUUCCUGCAAAGCCUCCCGCCGCUGGUGCUGACGAAGGUCCUGGAGCAGUUCGAUCCAAAGGGAGAUACGAUGAAUAUCAAUGGCAGGCUGUGCUCCUUUGCUAGGUCCGUGGCGGAUCGCCUCCAACUCUCCACGCCGCCCGUGCCCGGGCUGGGCGCGGCCGCCGCGGCCGCGGCGUUGGGCGGCGGGCACACACCGCAGGUGGUGAUUCCGCCCGCGCAGCUGGGAGGUUUGCCGCAGCUGGUGUCGCCCUUGGCGGCUUUUGGAGGAAUGGAUCCAUUGAACAGCUUCUUCUUGAUGCCGCAGGUCUCCUUGCCCAUGGCCCUCUCACCACAGCUAGCGCUGCAACAAGCACAGCUGGCGGCUGCCGGGGCGGCCGCCAGUGGAGUGGAUCCGGUGAACUCCUUUUGUGCACGAUGGCACUUGAGCGAAACCUCCAGGCAGACGCUCCUUCAGCUUCCACAGGAGGUGCAGAAUAUUGUGAUGGCGGAGUUUAGCCCGGCUGCCGGUACUGCUAGCCUGGAUGGGAAGCUCCAGACCUUUGCGCGGAGUGUCUUGGAACGAUUCCAAGAUCCUUCGAGACCAUCGGCGGCGGCAGCCAGUGCCAACCCAUCGAUCGCGGAGUUCGCCCGGAAGUGGGCGCUGGACGAGGACGCGGUGCGUUUCCUCGAGACUGUGCCAGAGCAGCCAUUGCAAACCGUGCUGGGGGAGUUCCAGCCACGCGCGGGCACGCGGAGCAUGACGGGGAAGCUCAAGGCCUUCGCGCACACCAUCAUGGAGGCUCAAGGAUUCCCCGUGAUUCGGGAGGGAGGAGGCGGAGCAGGUGGACAUCAUGUGGAGCUUUCAGAGCAGCAGUUCCUCCAGAAGUGGGGUGUGGCGGAGAACCCCAUGGUCCUGGAGACCUUGAACGCCCUGACACCGGAGAUUCGCAGCAGGGUCUUCCGCGAUUUCGAGCCGGCGCCACAGACCAUGGACGUGGCGGGCAAGCUCUGCAGCUUCGCGAAGUCGGUGGCGCGCGGCAAGGGCGGCGGCAAGGGCUUUGGAGCCUUUGGCAUGGGGAUGCCUGGCAUGGGCAUGAAGCGUCCCGGCUCUGAACUGGACCCCUUUGUCCCGCGGCCGCGCUGGUGA